UUUGCGCGGGGCGGGUCCCUGGCAGCCCUGGCCCGGAAGCCGAGCGCCCUGGAGGACGCGCCGGGGCAGAGCCGGGGUCCAGGCGCCGCCGCCAUGGACAUCCCGCCGCUGGCGGGCAAGACCGCGGCGCUGUCGCUGAGCGCCCUCCCGUUGUCCUACGCGCUCAACCAAGUGUCGGCGCUCUCGCACCCCCUCUGGGUGGCGCUGAUGACUGCCCUAAUCCUGGGUCUGCUCUUCGUGGUGGUCUACAGCUUGUCCCAUAGUGAGAUCUCCUAUGACCCACUCUCCGCUGUCUUCGCGAUCUUCGCCUUCACCUCGGUUGUGGACCUCAUCAUCGCUCUUCAGGAAGACGGCUAUGUGAUGGGCCUCAUGGAGUUCUGCACCAAGGAGGGAGAGCCAUACCUGCGCACAGCACACGGAGUCUUCAUUUGCUACUGGGACGGCACGGUUCACUACCUCCUCUACCUGGCCAUGGCCGGCGCCAUCUGCAGAAGGAAGAGAUACCGGAACGUUGGACUCUACUGGCUGGGUUCCUUCGUCAUGAGCAUUCUGGUGUUUCUUACAGGAAACAUUCUUGGCAAAUACAGCUCCGAGAUCAGGCCUGCCUUCUUCCUCACCAUUCCCUACCUGCUGGUGCCAUGCUGGGCUGGCAUGAGGGUCUUCAACCAGCCCCGGGCGCCAACCUGCUGCACCGCCAACAUGGUGCAGGAGGAACAAAGAAGGGUGCUGCUGCAGCGCCCGGCUGACCUGGUCCUUGUCAUCUACCUCGUCCUUGCUGGCUUCUUCACUCUGUUCCGGGGCCUGGUGGUGCUUGACUGCCCCACAGAUGCCUGCUUUGUCUAUAUCUACCAGUAUGAGCCGUACCUGCGGGAUCCUGUGGCCUACCCUAAGGUGCAGAUGCUGAUGUACAUGUUUUAUGUCCUGCCUUUCUGCGGCCUGGCUGCCUAUGCUCUCACCUUCCCUGGUUGCUCCUGGCUGCCAGACUUGGCCUUGGUGUUUGCUGGAGCCAUUGGCCAGGCACAGUUCUCGCACAUGGGGGCUUCCAUGCACCUGCGCACGCCCUUCACCUACCGUGUGCCUGAGGACACCUGGGGCUGCUUCUUCGUGUGCAAUCUGCUGUAUGCGCUGGGCCCCCACCUGCUGGUCUACCGCUGCCUUCGGUGGCCCGCAUUCUUCCAGCAGCCGCCACCCCUUGACCCCCUGGCCCACCACAAGAAGCAGCAGUAAGAGGGCUGUGGACUCAGGACCGAGGACUCUGUUUACACGCCCAGCCGGCCCUACCCCAAGAAGGGUGGGUCAGGCGUUUUAGAGACAAGAGGGGCAUCUCCAGGUGUCUUUAUUCCUGACUGUAGUGGUUUUAGGCCGGUGGGUGGGACGGAGACCAACGACCUAGUCUUCCUGCAAAGAGAGCCUCCCACAGCUCUCACCACGCUCCAACCCCCACACGGACACUGCCACCCUCCCAGAAUUUACCCAUCAUCCCGAUGGAUCCUUUUAGUAAAAAGCCUUUCCAUUUCCAAAAUAUCAGUGCCUGAGUGUUUUAGGGUGCAGGGGUGAGGGACCCUCUCCGUGGCCCCCGCGAGGGCCCACCCAUCACUUUCAAUGUGGUUGCCUGGAGGGAGAGGUGCUGAGAUAGAAGGUGGCCUCUGGUCAGUAUGCACAGCUCCAUUUUCCAGAUGGGGAAAGCAAGGCUCAGGAUGGACAAGAGACCUGCCCAAGGUCACAGUCAGAGAAAAAAGUUCCUGCUCUGCCAAUAAAUCAUAACUAAUA